UCCUCCUUGGGCCGAGGCGGGACACCGCCUCCUCGCUCUCUCUGGCGUUAGGAGCUGGAGUAGAGCUAGCUCCGGUUUCUUUUCGACGACCAAAGGCUUUGCCACACGAGGCACAGCACUGAAUUGGGAGUUGCGACUUCUCCUUUUGGAUUUGCCUGCGCGCUUCCCUCUUGGGCUUGAGCGCACUUGUCUCCAGUUGAGACUCGCGGGGGCUCCGGAGAUCUCGCAAGAACAAGAGGUGGCGUGGUGGUGGAAAUUCGGGUGCCCAUUUUAGGGAGGUUUCCUAAUCAAAAGCGGAUCUAACUGGUGAUAGGCCAGAUCUUCAGCUUCUUUUCCCUCGCACUUCUUGCACUUUGGAUUACUUCGGAAACUUUACUUAAAGCAACGCCCUUCCCUUGUUCAGGGCGCUGCUGGCCUCGCCUGGAUUUGUGCCCCCUUCUGGGUAUUGUUUUCGCGCCGGCUUUGGCGUUUCCAGGAGGUGCCUCUGUUGUGGAUUGUUUUUGUUUCUAUGGAGAAACGCAAUGAGCUGCUCUACUCCUCAUGACGGGGAAAUCCGCCUUCAGUUUUUUAUAUGCAUGGAAAGGAGUCCUCGAUACAUGCCUGCCAGGAAAUAAAACCAGCAAAAGAAAAGAAAUGAGUCGUCAAACGGCUACAGCACUUCCUACGGGUACCUCCAAGUGUACACCAUCACAGAGGGUGCCUGCAUUGACUGGCACCACCGCUUCCAACAAUGACUUGGCUAGCCUCUUUGAAUGUCCUGUGUGUUUUGACUAUGUACUGCCACCAAUUCUGCAGUGCCAAAGCGGCCAUCUUGUUUGUAGCAACUGUCGUCCCAAGCUCACAUGCUGUCCAACCUGCCGAGGCCCACUGGGUUCUAUUCGUAAUUUGGCUAUGGAAAAGGUUGCCAACUCUGUACUGUUUCCUUGUAAAUAUGCCUCCUCUGGCUGUGAGAUAACUUUGCCCCACACUGAAAAAGCAGACCAUGAAGAGCUUUGUGAAUUCAGGCCUUAUUCGUGCCCAUGCCCUGGUGCUUCUUGUAAAUGGCAAGGCUCUCUGGAUGCUGUCAUGCCUCAUCUCAUGCACCAACAUAAGUCAAUAACAACGCUACAAGGAGAAGAUAUAGUUUUCCUUGCUACAGACAUUAACCUUCCUGGUGCUGUUGACUGGGUUAUGAUGCAGUCUUGUUUUGGUUUUCACUUCAUGUUAGUAUUGGAGAAACAGGAGAAAUAUGAUGGUCACCAGCAAUUCUUUGCAAUUGUGCAGCUGAUAGGAACACGGAAGCAAGCUGAAAAUUUUGCUUACCGACUUGAGCUAAAUGGUCAUAGGCGGCGAUUGACUUGGGAAGCCACUCCUCGAUCAAUUCACGAAGGUAUUGCAACUGCCAUUAUGAAUAGUGACUGUCUAGUCUUCGACACCAGCAUUGCACAGCUUUUUGCAGAGAACGGCAAUUUAGGCAUUAACGUAACGAUUUCAAUGUGUUGAAACCAUGAUCUGAUGUUUGCAGGCCAGUGUCUAAGAACAAACAAACAACCCAUUGCAUUCAGUUUCAUAGAAGGAAGGUAAACAUCUUUGACUGCCAGAUGUGAACAAUUUGGUAGGGAGAGGUUAGCACAUAUGAAGGUAAAUUAAUGGGAAGGCUGUUAAAGUACAGGAAACAGUUGCAUGUAAUAACACUAAUAUAUUUAAAAUAAGGCAGCAGUAAACCACUGAAUAUAUAUAUAUAUAUAUAUAUAUAUAUUCUACCCAAAAUGGGCAUCCUUUUGUAUUAAGAAUUGAUUCUAUGAAAUGUGUUGUAAAAUAAUUCUAAACUUGUUUGUAGAUUGAUUGUACGUUUGAAAAGGAUACUGUUUUGUGUUUAAUUUGUAUUUUUUUCCUUUGACUGACAAGCCAUGCAAGGCGGUCUGGUGUCUGGCCGCAACUUAUCUCUGUUCCUUCUCCCCUUCUCCUGCGUAAGUCACUACAUAGUAUUGCUGCUGUUCCUGUGUAAAUUUUCUGUGUAUUUGCUAAUUUUUAUUAACUUCUAGUUUUUCAUUAAAUAAAUGACUUCUUUCUUUUCUGUAAUGCAGGUUUUUCUUCUUUUUGACUUUGAAAUUAAUUACAGGUGUCAUCUUUUGAUACUCAUAAUUGCUUAUGGUAAAGUGUAUACUUCUGUAUGUCUGGUAUCAUUUUGGGGGGUGGUGCAAUCCUGCCACUGGUUAUGGAGUACAGAUAAGUCUUGUGGACCUAUAUGGAACUUAAACCGGAGUAACUCUGCACAGGAUUGAAGCCUUUUGUCUCUUUCCAGUAGUCCAUUCAAUGAUACUGUUGUUCAUUCAACUAUUUUUGUGAUCACAAUGGUGUCUAAAGAGACAACAUUGGACAAAUUCCUAAAACGGCUUCUUUUAAAUUGUAGAUGCCAUUGUAUUUUGAGUUCCAACAUAACUGCAGAUUUGUUUGAGAAUGUUCUAAUUUAAAAAGUGGAAGUUCAGGCACAUUUUCAAAGGAAUUUAGAGACCUUUAGACAUGUUGAAGUCAUUCUUGUAUUUAUUGGUUGUGCAGUACAAGAAGGCAUUGUCUAUACAGUAUUUGUAACUAUAAAUUACAGACCAUUUGUUUAAAUGAGGCAGUUGAAAUAAGCUGUUUUUUGGUCUUUUUAAAAUUCUGUCAUUAAAAGAACUCCUGGCAAACUGAAAA